CAAGAUAUUUGUGACAAACGCACGCGAAACCGCUAUUUCACAUUCAACAUUUAUAUACUGCCAUUCGUGACAUUCGAAUAAUUAGUUAGGAUUCACAAUGAAGUCAUUAUUAUUAUUUAUUGUUGGAGUUUCAGUAUUAAUGAUAAAUGUUAGUGCUGAUAAAAAAGCAGGAAAAGGACCCAAAGUAACUCAGAUAGUAUGGUUUGACAUGAAAAAAGGCGAUGAAGAUCUCGGUAGAAUAAAAAUAGGUCUUUUUGGUAAUACAGUUCCAAAAACAGUAACAAACUUUGUCGAAUUAGCAAAAAAACCCCAAGGUCAAGGGUACAAAGGAAGUAAAUUUCAUCGGGUCAUCGACAAUUUCAUGAUUCAAGGAGGUGACUUUACUAAAGGAGAUGGUACUGGAGGAAAAAGUAUUUACGGGGACCGUUUCGCAGAUGAAAACUUCAAGUUAACUCACUACGGAGCCGGAUGGUUGUCGAUGGCCAACGCUGGUAAGGACACAAAUGGCUCACAAUUUUUCAUUACCACAAAAAAAACACCUUGGCUCGAUGGUAGACACGUCGUUUUCGGUAAAGUCAUCGAAGGAAUGAAAGUCGUGAGAAAAAUUGAAAAGACAAAGACUGGCGCUAAUGAUAAACCCACAGUUGAUAUCAUUAUCGCUGACUGUGGCGUUGAAGAAGUUCCUGAACCAUUUUCCGUAGAGAAAGAUGAUGCUCCAGACAAUUAAAUAAAUUCAUGUUAUUUUCA